GUGCUGACGCGAUGGCCACGCUGGGACGUCCCUGGGGCUGGCUCCUGGGGUGCCUGCUAGCCCUUGGUGUCACAGCACCCCAGGUCUCCGGCACCGGCACCGGAAGCCAGAUCAUCAACGGCGAGGACUGCCACCCGUACUCGCAGCCCUGGCAGGCCGCCCUGUUCGCCGACAACGAGUUCUUCUGCUCGGGCGUCCUGGUGCACCCGCAGUGGGUGCUGUCAGCCGCGCACUGCGUGCAGGAGGCCUACACCGUGGGGCUGGGCCUGCACAGCCUGGAGGCCCAGCGAGAGCCGGGCAGCUGGAUGAUGGAGGCCACGCUGUCCAUCCAGCACCCGCAGUACAAUAGCCCCUUCCUCGCCAAUGACCUCAUGCUCAUCAAGCUGGCGCGGCCGGUGCUCCAGUCGCCCACCAUCCGCACCGUCAGGGUCGCCUCCCGGUGCCCGGCCGCGGGCGACUCCUGCCUCGUGUCGGGCUGGGGUUUGCAGCAGAACGGCAGGCUGCCCGGUGUGCUGCAGUGCGUAAACAUCACGCUGGUCUCCGAGGAGCUCUGCCGGUCCUUCUACGGCUCCGUGUACCACCCCAGCAUGCUGUGCGCGGGUGGGGGCCUGGACCACAAGGAUUCUUGCAACGGUGACUCUGGGGGGCCCCUGAUCUGCAAUGGGUCCCUGCAGGGCCUGGUGUCAUUCGGCCAAGCCCAGUGUGGUCAGCCAGGCUUCCCAAGUGUCUACACCAACCUCCACAAGUUCAGAACCUGGAUAGAGGAAGUCAUCCGGACCAGCUAGCCACGGGAGUUGGGACCCUUGAUACCGACCCCCAGACACAGGCUGCGGAAGGAAUUCAGGGGGAUGUCCCGCCCUGCCUCCCUCAGCCCCAGCCCCGGAGUCCACACCGCCAGGGCUCUGGUCUUGUGCACAGUGCCCCCUGGUGGCCCAGCACCGGCACAGCAUGGAGAAGGUGGCCUUCGCUCGUGGUUCACCUUCCCUGGAUCACAAUAAAAAUCUCACAGAAGCA